AUGGCCGACCAAACGCCCCCAAUUCACAUACAAGCGACGCGACUGGUCCUGGAUAUCGCAAAUGGCCGCCAUGCGCUCUCCAAGGCAAUCCCUCCUCUGCUCCUGGCAUUGGACGCGGUCCUCUGCGGGCUGAUCAUCUGGAAGGUCCCAUACACAGAGAUCGACUGGGUGGCAUAUAUGGAGCAGGUGGCUCAAUUCGUCUCGGGCGAACGCGACUACACCAAGAUCAAGGGCGGCACCGGUCCUCUCGUCUACCCGGCCGCCCACGUCUACACCUACACUGGACUUUACUACCUUACCGACGAAGGAAAGAAUAUUCUUCUGGCGCAGCAAUUGUUUGCUAUCCUCUACCUGGCUACUCUUGCGGUUGUAAUGGCUUGCUACUGGCAGGCAAAGGUCCCGCCUUACAUAUUCCCCCUCCUGAUUCUCUCCAAGCGCCUUCACAGCGUCUUCGUCCUCCGAUGCUUCAACGAUUGCUUCGCGACCCUAUUCCUCUGGGUUGCCAUCUUCUUCUUCCAGAAACGCCUCUGGACGCCGGGCGCGAUACUCUACAGCUGGGGACUGGGGAUCAAGAUGUCACUGCUCCUCGUCCUGCCCGCCGUGGGCGUCAUACUCUUCCUCGGUCGCGGUUUCGAGGGCAGCCUGCGCGCCGCGUGGCUCAUGGCACAGCUACAGAUCGUCAUCGGCGUCCCCUUCUUCGCGAACAACGCCGCGGGGUACUUCGGCCGCGCAUUCGAGCUCUCGCGGCAGUUCUUCUUCAAGUGGACGGUCAACUGGCGCUUCGUGGGCGAGGAAACGUUUCUCAGCAAGCCUUUUGCUAUUGCGCUCUUGGGUCUACAUGCAGCUACGCUCCUGGCCUUCAUCACCGCCCGCUGGCUCAACCCCGCGCAGCGCCCGCUGUCGUCGCUCGUCCCGGCCAUGCUCAGGGGGAAAUCCCCAUUCGCGGGACUCGAGGAGGCGCAGGUGGCGAGCCGGGUGACGCCGCGGUACGUUCUCACGACAAUCCUCUCGGCCAACGUCAUGGGCCUGCUCUUCGCCAGGUCUCUGCAUUACCAGUUCUACGCCUAUCUAGCCUGGUCGACGCCGUACCUCCUCUGGCGCAGCGGCCUUCCCGUCGUCGUGGUCUACCUGCUCUGGGCGGCGCAGGAGUGGGCCUGGAACGUGUUCCCCAGCACGGACGCGAGCUCGCAGGUUGUGGUGGGCGUGAUGGCGGUUACCGUUGCGGCGGCGUGGUUUGCGGCAGCGGACGAGGGGAAGCCGGUGGACGAGUCGGAGGAGAAGAAGAAGCGGUGA